AUGACCGGGCAAGCCCCGGCUCUUCACUGCCGUGCUCCCAGCGCCCUGCUUCCGCAGGCUGGCUUGAGGGAGAUGGUCCGGUCUGACCCCUCUGCACAAAGCAGAGUCAACCAGAGCAGGCUGCUACAGGGGUUUUUUGCCCUUUUCCCAAGCCUACAGGAAGACAGAAGUCUCCCUGCCCUCUAUGAAUUCCGUAUUAAUCAGUUUACAGGCAGGAGGUUAGCAGCCUGUUGCCUUUACUUGGUAGAUACGUUAGCAGGAGAUCCAGAGGUUCUGCAAGUAGAUGCUGAAACAUACUAUGAAAAACUCUUGAAGAAAUCAUCGUCUGCUCCUGAUGUUUUUUCGAUCCCUGGUGGAGAAGAGGUUAAACUUGAAGAUUCCUGCGUGUGUUUUGUCCCUCUCUACCGAAAUAAUCCUACUUGCAAAAUGUUGCUGUUAACUGAUCCAAAGGAUAAAGAGACAGUUUUGGCAGUUUAUUUGAACCACUGUUGGUGGCCUGUUGAAGAUGUAGUGAAGACGGCUGAUCCUUCUAGAGAUGGGCUAAUUUCGGUCCAGACAUUUGGAGAAAGGAUUGUCCUCUUUGUUCUGAACUACGUUAUUUUUGGAAUGCUGGAAGGGAGGUCAGCUAAUGAUGCAUUCUUCCUACCUCACUCUGCCACCGAGUGUGCCAAGAUAUUCUGGAGAAAUGGAGAGGCUGUUGCCUUUUACUCGGUCAAGAUGAAAGGGAGCCUAUGUGAUGGUACAACCAGUCAAUGUUACUUGCUGCCGGUUUUGGAUACUAUAUUCGUCCGGAGAAAGCACCGAAGAGGUGGCCUAGGGAUGAAAAUGCUGCAUGAUUUCUGUCAGUCUUUCAUGGCUGAGGAUGCCUUGGGGAUCAGCUGCCCUAUUUCUGCUGCGAUGUAUCAAGUUUGCCAGAAAUUCUUGCAGACUUAUCGUGAGGAGCAGAAGCGACUGUGGGAGGUGGAAGCACCAGGAGAUUGGAGCCAGCGAGAGAAUAUCUGGUUAAAAAUUCAGAUGGAGUCAUCCCCUGCAGGAAAGGCUGAAGCGGGCUUUCAAACCAGUAAACUCAGGCAAUGAGAAGUGGACCAGAUGAGUAAGGGCGUUGAAUACAUUCCUGGUGUUGAGAAAGUGGCAGGAGAUGCCACAGAAGAAAAAGAUGACACAGCAGCAGCAGGGACUCUAAACUCACAGGGUCCUGAACACUUAGAACAAGGUGCAGGCAAUAACCAGCAAUGCAAAGGAUUCAGAAAAAGCGCAGGCCCUGGGGGUUUAGUUGAAGGCAAGGCCACUGAACAAUUCGGAAUUAUACCAUAA